AUGUUAAACAUAUUAUUAUUUGCAUUUCUCAUAUUGCAUACUGAUGGGAGACGUCGAUUUAGAAUUCGAACAGGUUCUAGUAAUUCUUCGGAUCAAUCAUUUUCAAAUACUACAAUAGCACUUCUAUGUGUUGCUUUCCUGUUACCUGUUUGUGCAUGUCAAAUAGGAUGCGAACUCUUUAAAUCUCAUCGACAAGAGAAACGUCGUGAACGUAUUGAACGCGAAAUAAAUAAUCUGAUUGAUAUACAUAUACGUAAUGAACUAUUACAAAUGUCUUCUGUGGAUGAUCAUCUCAAUGAAAAAAAUUUAUCGAUGGAUGAAAUAAAUUUAUCGACUAACAAAUCAAAUCAAAUUAAAUACAUUUCGAUACCAUUAUCUGUUCAGUUGUUUAACAAUUCAUUUGAUAAAAAUGAAUUAGGACGAAUCAAAGUUCAAGAUUCAAUCUGUCCACAACAAACAACAAAUAAAGAAGAAGAAGAUUUCUCAGUAAUUGUUCCCGUUGAUAAUGUUAAAAUACCAUCACAUAUUAAUUGA